AGCCACUGCUUCUGUGCGGAAAAAGAAGGGCAAAGUCCGGGGCUGGCAUGAAAGUCCCCCGCGCGAGCCGGAGGUAGCAGCCCAGCAGCCUCCAGCCCCGCCCCGCGGAACCCUCGCCCGGCGCCAUGGUGCUAGAUAGCUUGGCCCGCAUCGUCAAAGUGCAGCUGCCUGCUUAUCUCAAGCGCCUGCCGCUGCCGGAGAGCGUCGGCGGCUUCCUGAGGCUCACAGUUUCAGAAUGGCUGCGGUUAUUGCCUUUCCUGGGGGUCCUUGCUCUGCUGGGAUAUCUUGCUAUUCGUCCAUUCCUUCCCAAGAAGAAACAGCAGAAGGACAGCUUGAUUAAUCUCAAGAUCCAGAAGGAGAAUCCCAAAGUAGUAAACGAAAUCAACAUUGAGGACCUCUGUCACACUAAGGCAGUGUACUGCAGAUGUUGGCGCUCUAAAACAUUCCCUGUCUGUGAUGGCUCUCACAACAAACACAACGAGUCAACGGGAGAUAAUGUGGGCCCUUUAAUACUCAGGAAAAAAGAAGUCUAGCAAAUUCCUAAAUAUGCUGUGACUGAAGGGAAGUCCACUUGUAUAUGUAUAUGUCAGAGUUUCAAUCUUGUAAUAAUCAUAGGGUUAUAUAUAAUCUAUAUUUUUAGUCUUUUAUAUUUUAAUCUAUAUUUUUAGAUUAUAUUAAAUUUAUACUUUGUGCUAGAUGUUUGGUGAUGUGUUUUAUAUGACAAAAAUGUACUAUAUCUAUGCUCUGUGAUCAUAGCAGAAUUAUUUUUCCCAGAAGUGCAGAAAUUCUAAAAUGACAGACAGACAGACAGACACACACACACACAGACAGACAGACCUUUAUUCUAACUACAGGGUAUCAACACUACAGAUUUAACAGAUUUUAAACCAGUUGUACUCCCAGAUUGCCACAAAACUGGGAAUUUUUGGAGGUUGUCAAAGAUAGUAAUGAUUUUGGUCUUAUGUGGGUUUAGGAAUUUGCAUGCAAGCCAGUAGUUCAGUUUGAAUAUUGAGUGUGUACAGGAAUCACUUUUAUACAGAACUCCAGAUAGAUAGCCUUUGAAAUAUAGAACAAUUCAAUCUGAGAACUGCCUAUUUUAAUUGCAAAAUUCAUGAUGUUGAGUAAUAACUGGCUGCAUUAAAUGAACUAUAGUAAUUAACCUAUUUGCUACUUAACUAGCUCUUCUCUUAACAAAUUAGUUCAUGCUACAUGAACAGUAUAGCACUCUGAAUUUCAAAUAAUCUAAUGCUUUCCCCCAUAGUUUCCCAUUCUUCUUGGUCUAUAUAUCCAAUCUACCUGUACGUCUUGUACAUAGUUAAGAUCAGAUUCCCAUGUGCAAGAGUAACAUUAGGUGAUCAUGGUCCACAUUUUACAUAGUAUUAAGCUGUAUGUUCUGGAAAAUACGAAUUGCUUCAAAGGACCCAGGCAAACAAAUAAGGGAACAGCAAAUGAUGCUAGAUUGAGGUGCAUACCAACUAUUUGUUCUGUUGAAGAAAUAGGCUGAAAUCAAAACAUUCUUUGACAUUGUAUAGUCACAUAAAAAGUAAAUUUCUUUUCUCCAUCUUUCUGAAUAUCAAGGAUUCCUCCAUGAACAGAGCCCAGUUUUCUAACAAAGCAGUUUACAUUGUUAGUUUCCUAUCUGUUGAAGGGGUUGUUUAUAAAACUUAAAUGUCACAUCUGGUGUCCCAAAUAAUUCCAUUAAUUCUGUAAGUCCCUUGUCUGCAUACUUAACCAUAUGCUAGAAAUAUACAAAUGCUUACUAUCAGUUUCUUUCUAGAGAAAAAUAUUGCAUUUCCGCUUAAAGAAAAACACGCAACUGAGUAUUAUUUUCUAUGAUCGCUUUGUUUUUUAAAAAUCAGUGUUUGCAUUUUUUAUAUUUCUGAUCAUGGGAAACAAGGAUCUUUCUUGAAAUGUAUGAUACUGGACAACUAUAUGAACUAUUAACUGAAAGAAAUUCCAGCAGGUUACAAAAUGACAAAGUAAAGAAAUAUGUACCAACUCCCAAAAUUUCUCAGCCAGUCCACACAUUUUAAAUUGCCAAGGUUAAAAAACACUGAUAUAUCUACGUAAGGAAAAAAAUGUGGGUAGUUAAGCCAAUGAGCCAGUUACCUACUAUGAUUUUUACUAUUACUGAAAAUGUUCUCUUCCAACAUAACAGGAAAUUAGGUAUGUUAAAUAAUGACGAAGAACUGAGUUGUGAGAUGUCUCAUAAAAAAGAUCCCAAUGUAGUUUUCCUUUGAAGGAGAGAAUAAUUUCAAGAAAUGCCACCUUCAGUGCUAUUUUCAAACCAUUCUCAAAUGACCAGAACAAACUUCAAGAGUUCUGGGAGAUUGAUAAAUGAAAUACACAAGGUAAAAUCCAGUGCCAAGUAUAUUACUUAUUUUUAGUGACUACCUCUACAUCUAGCAUCCAGCCAGCCAGUGAGUUACAUGCAAAAGACCAAGUUACCAUCUUUUUUCUAGGUUUUCCAUCCAUCCAAUCCGGUCCAACAGAUUGGACAUGCUGCAGAUAGUUUUUUCUGCUGUAGCCCCUGCCUUAUGGGAUAUUCUGUUCUUGGA